ACAAGAGCUGGCUACAGUCCAGUCAGCCCUCUGCCCUUUCCUGAGCUCAGCGGACUGUCACCAACGCUGUGCACACUCAGCCACGGGACAGGGAACAGACAAGCCCGUGGGGGCAGGUUGGAGGGAGAAGAGACAGAGCUGCCUCACGGAGUAGCAGACAGGACCAGGGGCAACCACCAUGCAGCCCCUCCUCCUCCUGUGCCUGCUGCUCCUCAGCCCUCAGGCUGCCUCUCUGCGCCACCGUCACCACUCCCGGGAGGUGAAGAAGAAAGUCAAAGAGCCUCCCACAGAGGCCACAGUGGCCCCCAGCAGCAAGGACUUGGCCUUUGACCUCUACAGAGCCUUGGCAUCGGCGGCCCCCACAGAGAACAUCUUCUUCUCCCCUCUGAGCAUCUCCACGAGCCUGGCCAUGCUCUCUCUGGGGGCUCGGUCGGACACGAAGACGCAGAUCCUGGAGGGCCUGGGCCUCAGCCUCCCAGAGGAAGAGCUCCACAGGCACUUCCAGCACCUCCUGCAGGAGCUCAGCCAGCCCCACGGCGGCUUCCAGCUGAGCCUCGGAAACGCCCUGUUCACAGACCCUGUGCUGGACGUGCAGCCCGCCUUCCUGAGCGCCCUGAAGACCCUGUACUUGGCAGAUAUUUUCCCCACCAACUUUGGGGACCCUGCAGAGGCCAAGAAGCAGAUCAAUGAUUAUGUGGCAAAGCAAACUCAGGGCAAGAUCGGGAGCUUGAUCGAGAACCUCGACAGUACUCAGAUCAUGGUCAUGGUGAAUUACAUCUUCUUUAAAGCUGAAUGGGAGACAGGCUUCAGCCCCAAAAGCACCCGAGAGCGGGACUUCCACGUGACCGCGGAGACGGCGGUGCAGGUGCCCAUGAUGCACGGUGAGGGCCAGUACUACUACGUGCUGGAUGACAACCUCUCCUGUAGCGUGGUGGGGCUCCCCUACCACGGCAACGCCACCGCCGUGUUCGUGCUGCCUGACGAGGACAGGAUGGCGCAGGUAGAGAAGGAGCUCACCGGAAAGACACUGAGGAAGUGGCUCAGGACGUUCAGGAAGAGGAAGCUGGAGCUUUUCCUUCCAAAGUUCUCCAUCGAGGGCUCCUAUCAGCUGGAGCGUGUCCUCCCCAGGCUGGGCAUCAGUGACGCCUUCACCUCCCACGCUGACCUGUCGGGCAUCAACAACCACUCCAACAUCCAGGUGUCCGAGAUGGUGCACAAAGCGAUGGUGGAAGUGAAUGAAUCGGGAACCAAAGCGACUGCGGCCACGGGCUCAGUCUUCACCUUCCGGUCGGCCCAGCUGAGCUCUCUGAGGGUCGUCUUCAACAGGCCCUUCCUGAUGUCCAUUCUGGAUAGCAACUUGAACAUCCUCUUCCUUGGCAAAGUGACCAAGCCCUGAGUGGGGGCUUCUGGAAUGCACAGGCGUCCAUGGGGGCGGGGGGAUGAGUAUGCCAUGGCCCUGUAUCUGCUGGUCCUGGAGAUUGCCCAGGUUGAGUUAACUAACGAGGCAUCGCACAUCUUAAUAAUAAGAUUGAGAUGCCAGCCAUGGUUCCCUCUCCCACAACUGCAGGACGCAGGUGCCUUUGAGAAUGUUCGGUCUUGUCCUCAUCUUUCAUCAACAGAGAUUAACACUGAGGCUCAGAGAGGCUGGUUGACUUGUCUAACCUCACACAGCAUAUUAGUGGCACAGAGAGGCCCCGAGGCCAGGGUCUUGAUGCCCAGCCUAAUGCCACAAAGCCCUAUAGGAGGGUUGUCCCAGGAGAUGAGAGCCAAGGAAGCCCAUUUCCAAGUCUGGUCCCCCACCCAUCAGCAAUACCAACUGUUAGUUUGUCAUGGGUCAGGGAAAUACUGGGGUUGGGGUCUGGAAUGUGUGAUUAUUCUAGCCCUGACCAACUGUGUGACAUUGGGGUAACACUGUCUCUCGCUGAACCUCGGUACCCCCAUGUCUCCCAGGAAGGACCAGGGCAGAGAUCCGAUCCAAGGACCUUCGCCAUCAUGUAGAAAGGCUGGGGUGUCCCCCGCGAUCAUGGCUGGCUUCAGUACACUCGCGUGCCAGUUCACCCUUUAAGCACCAUGGGUGGGCAUGACCUCACGGGCGUGGCUGGGGUGGGAAUAGGGGUCCUGUUGCAAAUAGAAUAUUCCUUGUGGUCGCUCAUGACUUACCUUCUGCAUUUUGUGUUGGCAAUAACAAUAAAGCAUUUUGCAAACAUCA